AUGGUGAUCCCCCCUUGGUGGUGGAAGCCGAACUCCUCCUCCGCCCUCCGCAGCAGAUCUACGAACAGCGGGUGGUUGAAAAAGAUCACCGGCACCAGAACCCGGCGCGGCGGGUCGAAGUCCUUCCCAGCAACGUACACCGGCAGGUGGCCCUUCGGCGGAGCCUUCCUUUGCUGUUGUUGA